GUUUUGCAGAUCGUAAUAAUAUGUUAUGUUAUGGUGGGAAGUGUUUUGCUAUAUCUAAUCUUUGUUUAAUAACCUUCAAGCACUUUGAUUUCAUUCGCCAUGGUGUAAAAUGUGUGUGAAGUAAGAAUACAAAUUUAUGAAAACAAUACGCUCAAGUUUGCCUCCAGUUUAUGUAAAGAAAGAACUGCUGAUAAAUGAUGGGUGGAAGCGUACUCUGGUUCCGCCAUGGCUUGCGGCUGCAUGACAACCCGGCCUUGCACGCCGCUCUGGAGGAUCAUACUGUACCGUUCUACCCCAUAUUCAUCUUCGAUGGGGAGACGGCAGGAACAAAACUGGUGGGCUACAACCGCAUGCGAUACUUGCUGGAAGCCCUGGAUGACCUGGACCAGCAGUUCAAGCGGCAUGGCGGGCGGCUGAUCAUGCUCAAAGGGCAGCCCAAUGUGGUGUUCCGGAGGCUCUGGGAGGAGUUUGGCAUCCGCAAGCUCUGCUUCGAACAAGACUGCGAGCCGGUAUGGCGCGCCCGUGACAACAGCGUCAAGCAGGCCUGUCGCGAAAUCGGCGUGACCUGUCACGAACACGUGUCGCACACGCUCUGGGAGCCCGAUACCGUCAUCAAGGCCAAUGGGGGGAUACCACCACUCACCUAUCAGAUGUUCUUGCACACUGUGGCAACGAUUGGCGACCCGCCACGGCCGGUCGGUGAUUUAGACCUGAGCGGUGUUAAGUUCGGCACGCUACCGGAGUGCUUUUACAGCGAGUUCACGGUCUUCGAUAAGACUCCUAAGCCGGAAGACUUCGGGGUCCACCUGGAAAACGAGGAUAUCCGGAUGAUCCGCUGGGUCGGAGGGGAAACCACGGCUCUUAAGCAGAUGAAACAUCGCUUAAGCGUGGAGUACGAGACAUUUUGCAGGGGCUCGUAUCUGCCGACCCACGGCAGCCCUGACUUGCUCGGGCCGCCCAUCUCCCUGAGCCCGGCGCUACGAUUCGGCUGCUUAUCUGUCCGUAGUUUCUACUGGGCCGUCCAAGACCUGUACCGCCAAGUGCACCAAGGCCGACUUCCGCCCAACCAGUUCAUAACAGGGCAACUCAUCUGGCGAGAGUACUUCUACACGAUGAGUGUAAACAACCCGCAAUAUGGGCAGAUGACAGGCAACCCUAUCUGCUUGGACAUCCCGUGGAAGGAGCCCAGCGGUGAUGAACUCAAGAGCUGGAUGGAUGGCCGAACCGGUUUCCCGUUCAUCGACGCGGCCAUGCGCCAACUCCGCAUCGAGGGCUGGCUCCACCACGCCGUGCGAAACACCGUGGCCUCAUUCCUUACCCGGGGAACUCUCUGGCUAUCCUGGGAACACGGGCUGAACCACUUCCUCAAGUAUCUGCUGGACGCUGAUUGGUCCGUCUGCGCCGGUAACUGGAUGUGGGUCUCCUCCAGCGCUUUCGAGGCGUUACUGGACUCUGGGGAAUGUGCGUGCCCCGUGCGUCUAGGACAGCGACUGGACCCGAGCGGCGAAUAUGUGCGCCGCUACGUGCCCGAGCUCACCAACAUGCCGCCGCUCUACAUCUACGAGCCGUGGAAGGCGCCGAUCGAGGUGCAGGAGCGCGCCAGGUGCAUCAUCGGGCAGCACUACCCGGCGCCCAUCGUCAACCACCUGGCCGCCGCGCAGCGCAACCGGAACGCCAUGCAGGAGCUUCGUCAAAUGCUUCAAAAGGCGCCGCCGCACUGCUGCCCGUCUUCCGAGGAGGAAAUCCGCCAGUUCAUGUGGCUGCCCGACGACGCGAUCGCUCAGGUCACCACGGCUUAACUACCCAAGGAAUAAAGUCCUAAAUCGCGUGGCAACUAGGAGGAUAUUAGUUAGACAACCAACGUACCAAGAAAUAUGGAUUUGUUUCGUCUAAUGGUCUUUUGGGAAACUGAAAGCUGCUGUAUCUGGAAAUAGGUAUCAUGGCGUACCUGCCACGGAUUUGUCACGGCUAUGUCAACUGGUUUGUAUAGGCCUCAUCCACAGACCAGAGCAAUAGCGGUACAAAAUUGUAUGGGUGCGCAACCGCUUAUUUCAGUUGCGCCUAAAACUAUGACCAGUAUACUUGUGUUAAUUAAAAAUAUUUACAUAAAAUAAGCUUUAGGAGUGUACCUCGGCUGUAAUAGUAUAAAAUGGUGAAAAAUACAACUUAGUUGUAUUGCUGGAAUCGUAGUAUUGUAAAAGUAAAAUUGCACCUGUGUGCAUUGCGACCUCAUGCUAAUGGGGUUGGCCGGUCGAAGUAUUUAGCAGAUGGCCGCAGCAUAGCUUGCCAUGUCAAACCAUAGAAGUGUCAAAUUUUUUUUUUAAUGGAAUUGUACGUCCUGGAUGCCAGCCCUUUAAGCCAAAUCUAAUAGAAAAAGGAGCAAGAAUCUAUAGUUCGUUUUUUUUUAGCAUUAGAAAGAACUUGAAAGAAGGUAAGCGAUCUUGGCAUGUCAUUUAAUUGAAAAACGCUUUUUAAAAAUCAAUAAGUAUUACUUAUGAAAGCAGAAGAAUAUAUAUGAUCGUAUUAGAUUCAUAAUUGUUACAUAUUUGCCGUAACUUAUUUUUAAAAUGUGUUUUUCAAUUAAAAGACACAUCAAGAUUGUUUACCUAAUUUCUAAUGCUAAAAAAAACAAAGUAUAGGCAAACCUUUGACAGUUGCCAACCUGAUAGUAAACGCAUCAUAAUGCGGUAUCUGUGUAGUCUGUGGCCUCAUUGCUUGAGAUGUGAGGUAUUUGAUUGGCUAUGCUAGGGGGCUAUUCAUAAAUUACGUCAUUUCAAAUUAGGGGGGGGGGGGGUCUGGACAUCGGAUGACGGUAGCAUGAAGUGGGAGGAAAUGGGGUCAUUUGAAGCAUGAUUUUUGAAUGAUUAUAGGGGGGGGGGGGUCUAAAAUCGUCAAAAAUCGAUGACGUAAUUUAUGGACAGCCCCUAGGCUAGAACAUAAGUAUGGGACUUGGCUUGAAGCGUCCGUUCCGUGGCUCUUGGGUGGGGCGAUUACAUGAAACACCAGAUGGCUUAGCUUAGUCCAAAAUAUUAUGACAUUAUGAUCUUGGUAUCAAAUGAAUAUUAUAAUUUAUAAUAAAUUAUUGUAAUCAAGCAAACUGAUGCUGCAUUGAAUGAUUUUCAGAUAACAAAUACUGCUUUUAAGAUGUAUUUUCAAAUGUUUCAUAUUAGAACGAGUAAUAAAUUUAAAAUUAAUUUGCCCGCAAAGAAACUAGCCUACCUAAACCUAUUUUUAAUAGGUGCAUUUAAAUUUGACAGAGCUGUGCCAAUAACGUUACUUAUUACGAGUACUGUCAUUUAGUAGGUAUACAUAUAUAUAUGGGAUUUGUAAGUUUUUUUAUGGAUAGGAUCCUGAUUUAGUCGGCAAAACUGGCUGCGAUAUUUGUGCGAUUUUUGUGUCGCAUUUUUUUUACUUAGUAAUUGAUUCAGUGUUUAUCAGAUCUAUACGUAUAUUUUGAUGUUUAGCAUUUGUGUCGUUGUUUCUAUGUUUAGCUAUAGUAGGUAUAAAUAGUAUUCUCGCUCGAAUUUAACGAAUUCACUGCCACCCUCUUUUCCUGGACAUUCAUCAGGUGCCGCACUUUGCUGUCACUAUAUAUUAUGAACGCGUCUGUGCGUCAAAGGCACGGGAGAAAGUCACGGUGACGCAUAUUAUGCGUCGGUGGCAGUGAAUGCGUUAAUUACUGUACUCGUGCGACUUCACUGUAUACCACUCACAUAGUCUUUAUUAAAUUUUUUGAUGGGCCGUUUGGUUAGGUAAGCGAAAGUACAUAUAUGUCUAAAUCGAUGAAUCUAGUAUAUAACUGGAUCUGGCAUGAGGGGUGGGGGAAAUGACCGAACGGGAUAGUCUUAUGUAUCUUUCAGUAGGAGUAGCAGUGAAAGAGCUAUUAUUGUUUGUCCUUGUGAGUCUCACAUUUUAUAUGUUCCCCAUCGUAAAUCUAGUAUGGAUUAUGGUGGGCAACAAAUAAAUUCGACCAAUCAUAGUGUCGCAUUGCGUGUUUUGUCCCUCACGGAGGGACGCGUAACAUACCACUUCUAUAGGAUCCUACCUUCUAUGUCUAAUUCAUAAUUUUAAAAGUUGUAGGACUUAACAUCUCUCAGAAUUGGGUUUUAGGUAUAAUUUCCAACUGAACUGGGUUCAGUCAUUCCGUUUAGGGAUCAAUCGGUAAAAGGGUUUAAAAUGUAAUCGGUACAUGUUAGGAACAAUAAAUAACUUAGUUGUAUGAAAAA